GGCAACACCCAGUCCACUCCGGGCCCCAAAUACAAAACCCCCCGGCCCAAACCCUCCUCGCCUCCUCAGUCCAUCCAUCCAAAUCCUCGGGGCGAGCGCGCGCGGAGAGAGAGGGAUUCCCACGGCGAUGGCGGCGGUAGCUAGGGUUUUCCGCGGGUCCAGGUUCCUCAUGUCCCCGGCGCCGGGCGCGGCGGCGGCAGCGGGGGCGAAGAAAGCGGCGGCGCCAAAGGUCACCAAGGCCGACGCGACGGCGGCGAAGGAGAAGCGCGGGAUCAUGAAGCCGGUGCCGGUCUCCGAGGAGCUGAGCAGGUUCGCCGGCGGCGCGCCCGAGCUCGCCCGCUCCCAGGUUGUCAAGCUCAUCUGGGCCCACAUCAAGGCCAACGGCCUCCAGAACCCGGCGAAGAAAAAAGAGAUCAACUGUGAUGCCGCACUGAAAAGCUUGUUUGGUGGGAGGGACAAGGUUGGGAUGCUGGAGAUCCCGAAGCUACUGAACCCUCACUUCAUGAAGAACUAACAGAAGCAGCAGAUGGCACCAACGAUGGAGCUUUCGUCUUAAGUCUUUAUUGGAUGGCUCCCAGUAGGUAGUUAAGCCAAAGUUGUGUGAUGACGUCAAGAAUUCAUACUUGUGUUCAUCUGUUGGGUUUGGGGCGUGAUGCAUGUAAAAAGGAUUCCCAGUGUUAUCGCUACUCUUGUGAUGUGGGAAAUGUUUGUCUGCUAAUGACACAUCGUAGUCGAAUGUUUAUGCCUCUCUUAUUGCAGUGAAAAUGUGAAAUGAUUUGUGAUCAAACAUUGUGGCCA